AUGGAUCCUUUGUUUGCUCGAAACGGGCGUCUCACCUCAAAGAUUGAUGUUUAUAGUUUUGGAGUUGUUCUCUUGGAACUGAUUACUAGAAGAAAGGCUGUCGAUGAUGGUAAAAUUAACCUUAUUGAAAACUUUACUCAAGCUCUAGCAAAACGAAAGAAGAUACGGGAAUUUUAUGAUGUAAAAGUUGCAGAUGAGAACAAUUUGAGGAUUCUUGAUGGAAUUGGGAAGCUAGCAGCAAAAUGCUUAGCAAUGGACCUAGAGAAACGUCCAGAAAUGAAAGAUGUUGCAGAAAGCCUUCGGAUGUUUAGAAAAGCUCAAUAUCAGUCACAAGAGAAAAUACUUUUGUUUGGCUGGGUACGGAGAAGCAAACAACCACCCCAAAAUAUGGUUCCUACUGACAAACACUUACAUGGAAAUCAAGUUCUCAAAGCAGAGGUACAAGCGCAGAAAGCCAGUGAAGUGGAUAGAGAUGUGCACAAUGUUACAGUGGUGAGAGAAGGGAGUCCAAGACUUUACAGCUUUGGUUCAUCGCAAGGGAUAGAAUUACAAAAGCUGUUGGAAGCAUCUUGCGAGGUUCUUAGGGAGAGGCAAAUAUGCAUCGACUUACAAGGCUGCUGGGAGACUCGGUCAGCCAUUGCACUAUCUGUAGCUCGUGCUGUUACGUUCAUCCACUCAACCAAUGCUGCUGCAGCGUCCCAUGGCGACCUCAACUCCUCCAACAUUCUUCUUACAGGGUGGAGCUAUGAGGCACGGGUCUCAGAACACGGCCUCAAAACUCUUGUCAGUGACCCAACACUAGUUAUCGACAACAACAUUACACAGCUUGAGAUGCUCACAGGCAAGUCACCAGAACUCAAGCCAGAUUUGCUCGAAUGGGUUUUAGCACUCAUCCGUGAGGAGUGGGUAUCGGAAGCAUUCGAUGAGAAGCUCCUUACAAAAAACACUGCGGAGAACCAGGCGCAUCAAUUUGCUGACGGGUGGCAGCUAGUCCACCUCCCCCUCCGCAAGGUUGGGCACGAGCAUGGCCGCAGGGGGAACUCUAUUUACAGGAGGCUGGCAAUCAGUCUGUACAAGAACGACACAGUUAAUCUAUUCUUCUCUGAUGCCAGCGCUUCGGGUACACGCAAGGGAGACACUUCGAUAAAUAUGGGUGGGAUGGAAGUUGCCUUGGUAUCAGCUGUAUUGAAGAUUGUGGGGACGAAGUUAGCUCCUCUUGCAAUCAAAGAGUUCAGAUCUAAAGCAGAUGUAGCCAAAGAUAUUCAGGAACUCCAGGAUCUAGUUGAGGAGAUCAACGAUUGGUUGCAUACAGUAGGUGAUAAAGCAAUACGAAAUGGCCGAUCAUCUAAAUGGCUCAAAAGAUUGAAAGAAGCUGCUUAUGAUGCUGAAGAUGUAGUCCAUGAGUUCCACAUCGAGGCUGAAAAACAAGACAUAAAAGUUACUGGUGGCAAGAAUACCAUGGUCAAAUACUUGUUGACAAAACCUAAAUCAGCUGUGUCUGAAUUUAAGAUAGCUCACAAGAUCAAGGCAAUAAAGAGCAGAUUUGAUGCAAUUGUGAAAGGAAGGAGUGACUAUAGCACAAUAGCAAAUAGCAUGCCUGUGGAUCAUCCUGUUCAUCAUACAAGAAAGACAAUUGGAGAGGUGCCAUCCUAUACCAUUGUGGACGAGACAUCAGUAUUUGGCAGGGACCAAGAGAAGAAUCAGAUUACAUCUGAGCUGAUAGAGACUAAUAGCCAACAAAGAAUAAAGAUAGUUUCAGUCAUUGGGCUAGGUGGAUCUGGUAAAACUACUCUCGCAAAACUAGUGUUUAAUGAUGGUAACAUUGUAAACCAUUUUGAAGUUCUAUUGUGGGUUCAUGUGUCAAGAGAAUUUGUUGUUGAAAAGCUUGUGGAGAAGUUGUUUGAAGCUAUUGCUGGUGACAUGCCUGAGCACCUCCCAUUGCAGCAUGUGAGCAGAACUAUCUCAGACAAGUUAGCUGGAAAGAGGUUCCUAGCUGUCUUGGAUGACGUUUGGACAGAGGAUCGUGUUGACUGGGAGCGAUUCAUGGUACAUUUAAAGAGUGGUGCACCUGGCAGUAGUAUUUUACUCACUACUCGUAGUAGAAAAGUUGCAGAAGCCGUGGAUUCUAGUUAUGCAUACGACCUACCAUUCUUGUCUAAAGAAGAUAGCUGGAAAGUGUUCCAGCAAUGUUUUGGAAUUGCCAUGAAAGCUCUAGACACUGAAUUCCUACAGGUCGGGAUAGAGAUUGUGAACAAAUGUGGUGGGGUGCCCCUUGCAAUUAAAGUUAUUGCAGGAAUCCUCCAUGGAAUGAAAGGAAUUGAAGAAUGGCAGUCCAUAAGCAAUAGUAAUUUAUUAGAUGUUCAGGAUGACGAACAUAGAGUAUCUGCGUGCUUAUGGUUAAGUUUUGUUCAUUUACCGGAUCAUCUAAAACCUUGUUUUGUAUAUUGCUCUAUCUUUCCAAGAGGCUAUGUAAUCAACAGGCGUCAUUUGAUUUCUCAAUGGAUAGCUCAUGGCUUUGUUCCGACAAACCAAGCUCGACAACCAGAAGAUGUUGGAAUUGGCUACUUUGAUUCUCUUCUUAAAGUGGGGUUCCUUCAAGAUCAGGAUCCAGACCAAGAUUGGUCCACAAGUGAUGAAGUAAGAUGCAAAAUGCAUGACCUGAUUCAUGAUCUCGCUAGACAAAUUCUACAGGAUGAAUUUGUGUCUGAGAUAGAAACAAACGAUCAAAUAAACAGAUGCAGAUACCUAUCUUUGACUUCAUGCACUGGGAAGCUUGACAACAAAUUAUGUGGCAAGGUCCGUGCACUCUAUGUUUCUGGCCGUGACCUCACAUUCGACAAGACAAUGGACAAGCAGUGUUGUGUCCGUACUAUUAUAUUGAAGUAUAUAACUGCUGACUCAUUGCCUCUGUUUGUUUCAAAGUUUGAAUACAUGGGACAUCUUGAAAUAUCCAAUGUUAACUGUGAGGCACUCCCAGAAGCUCUUUCGCAUUGUAGGAACUUGCAGGCCAUUCAUGUGUUAAAAUGCACAAGACUUGCAGUUGUACCUGAAACUAUCGGUAAGCUUAAGAAGCUUAGAACUCUAGAAUUGAAUGAUGUUUGGAGUAUCAAGAGUUUGCCACAAUCUAUUGGCGAUUGUGAUAAUCUUCAAAGUUUAUACCUAGAAGAUUGUGGUGGAAUCAAAGAUAUACCAAAUUCCUUGGAAAAAGUGAAAAAUUUAAGGAUCCUUAGUAUUGUUACAUGCAGUAAUUUGCAAAAACUUCCACCAUCAGAAUCGUUUGGGAAGCUUUGGAACUUACAAACGCUCACCUUAAAAUGCUGCGGGAGUCUCCGAAACCUACCUCAGUGCAUGACUUCUUUGAGUCAUCUAGAAUCAUUGGACCUUGGAUAUUGUUUCGACCUUGUUGAAUUGCCUGAAGGUAUUGGGAAUUUAAGAAACCUUAAAGUUUUGAAUCUGAAGAGAUGCAAAAAAUUGUGUGGACUACCAGCUGGUUGUGGGCAACUAACUCGUUUACAACAGUUGAGCUUGUUUGUUAUUGGAGACAGUACUAAGCAUGCAAGGAUCUCUGAGCUUGAAAGUCUUGAUAAGUUAAAUGGCGAACUGCGAAUUAAAAACAUUAAAUAUGUGAAAGAUCCAGGUGAAACAGACAAGGUUCAUUUGAAGGAAAAGAAUGGCAUACAGAAAUUGUCAUUGGAUUGGUAUUCAAGAUGGGAGGUUCAGCCUAAUGAUGUGGAAGAAGAGUUAUCAUUAAAUAUGGAGAAGGACCUGCAUUUGCUCAACAGUCUUGAACCACCCAAAAAAUUGAGAAGCUGGGAAUUUGUGGUUAUCGGGGUUCGCAAUUGCCACGUUGGAUGA